UAGACAGACAGCAGCACUAAAACACUCAGGAGCGCUCUCACCACACACACACACAAACACACACACGCACACACACAUACACACACUCAUACACAUUUACACAUAUUAGAAGUGGUCGAUCGCGGUGUUCUGCCUCAGCAACUUGCGGCAACUUUUUGUCUUAUUGUUCUGCCGUUCUGGAUUAAGACUUUGAACUUUUGUUUUGUCGACAGAGCGUGUUUUCCCACAGCACAGGUUGAAUCAUGACUUCAGCGUGGAGUGAAGCAUCGAUUGAUUAGAGGGGUUAGAUCGGUUCCCUGCAGGGUGACAGAGUUUGCACUCUGACCUGCAGGUUUGGACAGGGCUGCUCUGUCUCUGUGCCGUGACAUUGACAGACAGAAAAGAGGAUACAGACGCACGUCACAUCAUGGAUUUCGGAAACGAUGUGGAUCUGUCCAACAAUAACAUCAUGCCACUGUGGAAACGCCGCACAGACAAUUGUAAAAGCCCCCGAGACCCCAGCAAGCCCAAACCUCGACCCCUCAGUUACCAAAUAGAUGGGGUCGUGAUGACGGACUUUCCUGUGGAGGACAACAAAUGUUCCUUUACCUUGAGCCAGCCUGCUGAGAGACUGGUGGCCACACCUACAGGCAGGAACACAGUGGUGUUGAAACACAUUCUCAACAAACCCACGAGGAAAACUCGGGUAGUUCGCAGCAUCAGCAUCGGUCACCUCUCUAAUGGACGUUUCUCACUGUCUAAAUUCAAAUCCGAGGACAGUAGAUCAGCUUCACUGGACAACAGGGUGUGCAAUGGAAGCUGUGAGAGAGGGAAAGCUAAUGGAGCCACUGUAUGGCCUGAGAAAUGUCUCCGGGACACCCAGAAAUGCAUGUCGGGUACGCUCCCUCUGAGCUCACAGAGAGACCAGAUAGCUUUUGUAACGGGCUCAUCCUCACCUGAAGCUCUUCCUCCUAAACAGUCCUCUCCUGUCCUGUCUGCCCAUUCCUCUAACAACAACAGCUAUAAGCAUAACCACCAUCACACACCCUCUUCUCCCUCACUCCAGCCAUCUCCGCCUGUCCGCCGUGUCCCUACCCCCUCCCAUAGCUCCACAUCGAGCAUCCCAUCCCUCUCCUCUCUCACCUCCUCAGACCCCCCGACCCCACGCUCGCCAUCCCCAGCAGACAGAGAGCACACUCCCCUCAGACAGUCCUCAUCCUCCCUUGCGUCCACCCAAGAAACCAGGAAUGCCUCGUCCUCUUCCUCCUCUUCCACCACCACCUCCCCCUCCCCCUCUCUUUCCCCAUCCAUGUCUCCCCCUCCCCCCAUUGUCCUUAGCACCCACAGCCCGGCUGCCCUGAAGAUGGGCACCCAGCAACUAAUUCCCAAAGGCCUGGCGUCUGACACUCGGCAGAGUAAGGCACCUUCCUCUGGGCCACAAGGCCAAGGUUUUGCUGGGAUGCUGGGAUUGGAUAGCUCCAAGCGAGCAGAGAAAGCCCUCAGCAUGGUGGAGACAGGAGCCUUCUUUUCUACAGGCCGUUCUUGGGGACAGGGUGAGGGGGCAGAUAAGGAGAGUGAGAGCCCAGGGGCUUUGAGGAGGGGGCUGAGAAGUACAUCCUACAGGAGGGCAGUUGUGAGUGGGGUAGACCUAGAGGUGCCGUCAGUAGACCCCAAGGCCCAACAGCUGUCACAGGCAGCUCUUAAGGGACAACAGGAAGACAGGGACAAACCAGGGAGUCCAGUCAGCCCAGCAAGUCCUGCCUCUGCCAAACCAGCCAGCCCUGGGAAGAACAAGAGUCCUGAUAAGAAGAAGCUAUUGACCAGUCAGAGGACAUUUGACAGUGAAGAGGAAGAGCUGUAUCAGAAUUACCAAGAGAAAGCCUUGCACAACGACUCAGAUGAGGAUGCAGAGUCCAGGGAGCCCAAACCUGAUAAUGGCAUUGUGGUUCAAUACAGACCCAUUCGCACCUCGUGGAGCCAGCUCAGCGUGGUGAAGAAAAGUGGCCUGUCUGACAAGCUGAGUCAGGAGGAACGCAAGAGGCAAGAGGCCAUCUUUGAGGUCAUCUCCUCGGAGCACUCCUACCUCCACAGUCUGGAGAUCCUGAUCCGCAUGUUUAAGAACUCUGCAGAGCUCAGCGAGGCCAUGACCAAGACCGAGCACCACCAUCUCUUCUCAAACAUCACCGAUGUCUGUGAGUCCAGCAAAAAGUUCUUUAAGGAGCUGGAGGACCGGCACCAACAGAACAUAGUGAUCGACGACAUCAGCGACAUUGUCUACAGGCAUGCUCAGUCCAACUUUGAUCCCUAUAUCACCUACUGCUCCAAUGAGGUGUACCAGCAGAGAACACUGCAGAGGCUAGUGUCUAAGAGUCCAGUGUUUAAGGAGGUGCUGACCAGGAUAGAAGCCCACCCAGACUGCAGGAACCUCCCCAUGAUCUCCUUCCUCAUCCUGCCUAUGCAGAGAAUCACCCGCCUGCCGCUGCUCAUGGAUACGAUUUGUCAGAAGACGCCUAAAGACUCGGCGCAAUACGAGGAGUGUAAGAAGGCUUUACAAGCAGUCAGCAAGGUGGUUAGGAAGUGUAAUGAAGGAGCUCGUACCAUGGAGAGAACAGAGAUGAUGUACACCAUUAACUCUCAGCUGGAGUUCAAGAUCAAGCCAUUCCCUCUGGUAUCAUCCUCCAGGUGGAUGGUGAAGAGAGGAGAGCUGACGGCCUUUGUGGAGGAAAACGGCAUCUUCCUCAAGCGGACGUCACGGCAACAGGUCUAUUUCUUCCUCUUCAACGACGUCCUCAUCGUCACCAGGAAGAAGAGUGAGGACAGUUACACCGUCAUAGACUACGCUCUGAGGGACCAGAUCUGGGUCGGGCCCUGCCAGCCCGAGGAUCUCAACCUGUCGCCGGUCAGAGCCACCGCCAGCAUGCUGAGCUCACGGCAGGCCGGCGCCAACCAUCUCUUCCGCCUGUGUUUCCGUAGCAACCACUCUGGAGAGAAGGUGCCCAUGAUCCUGGGAGUGGAGUUGAUGAAUGAGCGUGCUCGAUGGAUCAGUGCCCUGGGCCAGAACAACAAUAACAAGAAGAACCAGGACAGAACUAAUGCCAUGCAGGUGGAAGUGACCAGGACGUACACAGCCAAGCAGCCGGAUGAGCUGUCCCUGCAGGUGGCAGAUGUGGUGUUGGUCUCUCAGAAAGUAGAGGACGGCUGGUAUGAGGGUGAGCGACUGCGCGAUGGAGAGAGAGGAUGGUUCCUUGCGGAGUGCGCUGAGCCAAUCACAUGCCCGGCCACCAUCGAGCGCAACAUGCAGAGGAUGGACCGCCUGCAAGGGCUGGAGACCAACGUAUGACUCUGACAGGCUGGGUGCGCCCGGAAAAUACCCCAGCGGACUCCUUUACCCUUAAACCGCCAAGAGCUUUCUCAGCUGCUGGUGAUCCCUCGACUUGCCAGCGACCUGCCUUUCAAGCAGUGAACCCCAGCUAAUGAGCCCCUUUCACCCUGAUGCCCUUUAAUAGCGUCGCCGACCUGCCUUCAGGGAUCACGGGGACCAGUGAAGGAGGUGUCCAGCUGCAGCAUGCUGGCAGCGCUUGUUCUUUUCAGAUUAGUAACUCAGGUGGUAUAGAGCAAGCCAUAAUUUGGACUUUUGCUUUUUGCCCACUAAAAAAAUCAGGCAUCGGCCGUCUGUCGUCUUCCUCAUCCCCCGCUACUGUCUGAGAUUUCAAGCGAAGGCUGAGUUCAGAAGCAAAACAAAGCCAGCUUAACUAAUGACCCAUCCCUGUGUGGGAGGCAUGGCUUGACAGUGGGAUCUCUCAAACCCAUUUACACUCUGGUUGGCCGGGAAACUUGACUUCCUCUGUCUAAGGGACCGCUUUCCGCCCGCCGCUCCAUUAGUAUGAAAUUUGCAUAUUUCGUUUCUGAAACACGUUUUUGGAGUCGAAGCGAUGUGCAAUGUGACGGUGGAACUGCAGUGCCUCUGUAGUCGCUGAUCAGACCGAACAGAAGGGUGUGCAAAUGGCAGCAGCCCAGCUUCUGCUCUGUUUAUAAGGCUUAAGCCAUGUGUUGACGAUGUGUGCCAGUAACAGUGUAACUAGGAAGAUGCUGUGCCUGAAUGUGAUUUAAAAAAAAAAAAAAAGACCCGGCAGGUUCUUCAGUGUUUUGUCAAGUGCAGAAGCUGUUGGAAGAUUUCUGUAACAUCUGACGAACUCGUAUGAUGUAUCUGGAUGUGAUCUGGCAAAGCAUAUUGGCAAUGAAAUUGAAUGUGAUGCAUGUUGAUCGAAAAAAUGAAAAGAAAAUUCAAGCCAAACCCCCAAGGCACUUAUCAAUUGGAUAAUGUUUGAUAUUACACUCGUCUGGGUUUCAUAUAGUAGGCUUCAGAUGUUUUAAUUUCAUGUCCUCCGUGGGGUAAACAGAAGGGUCAAGGAUCCGCUGUGGACCCUGCUGUUUGUCACCAAUUUAAUGUCACCUUCAUGAAUCAGACUCUGCGUUUGUGUCACACAGACUAUUAUUCUCUCCAGCUGCUCAGUAAUUUUGACAGCCUGGAAUCACAGUAUGGCCCUAGAGUGCCCACCCCUGAUGCCAGCCAGAGGUAAAUAUCCAUUUAAGACUUUUAUCUGUGAUAUUACAGACUUUUAUCUGUGGUAUUAGAGGUGACCUGCAAUUAAUAUGUUGUUUAUGGUGAAAUCGGAAGAGACGAGCAGCUCUGCCCAGCCCUGGUUUUAAUGUGAUUGUCAUCUGUGAGUCAUCUUUUUAGUGUUGCCAUGUCCAGCUAAAGGAAAUGAAUGGCCUGGCUUGAGUACAGUGAUAACACCAUCUAUCAAGCCCACAUGCUCUGGCAGGCGACCAGAACUGCUCCACUACAGAGAGCUAGACAUGAUGUACAGUAGAGAGCAUGCUGCCCCGCAGGAAGGACAUGUCAAUUCAGACUCUCACUCGACAAGACAAGACAAAGCUUUGCAUUUGCACUCAGGGGGAAAAAUGUGAUACCACAUAUGUAACUACAGUCAGCGAUCUUCAUUUCAACCAUGUUGCCGGCUUGUAACCACUGUAAAUCACCCAUGUAAAUAUGUAUCAUGCCUAAACAGCCUGAACUGCAAUUUGCAUGUUAUCCUAAAUACAGGUUUAUACUGCAGAGGAAUUAUGUUUAUUCAACCUUAGAUAUUUUCAUCAUACAUUAUGCUCUCUAAUAAAAGCUUAAUUGCUUGUG